AUGAGUUGUUCCGUGGGUGUUUGGCUCCAGCAUCUCGAGCCGAACCUCGUGCCAGAUCGCAUCUCCCGCGUCAGUUGGCACUUCAGCAGCAUGGGCAUGCUCUUCAGCAAGGUGUGGCAGCGGAUGUUGGGCUCCAAGGACAUGCGCAUCCUGAUGCUUGGCCUGGACGCAGCGGGCAAGACCACGAUCCUGUACAGGCUGAAACUCGCAGAAGUGGUAACGACCAUUCCGACGGUCGGGUUCAACGUGGAGGAAGUGGAGUACAAGAACAUCAGAUUUACUGUCUGGGACGUGGGUGGCCAGGACAAGAUCAGGAAGCUGUGGCGGCACUAUUUCCAUGGCACGGACGGGCUGAUCUACGUGGUGGACAGCUCGGACCGAGAACGCAUCCAGGAUGCAAAGGAAGAGUUGCAGAAGAUGUUGGCAGAACAAGAGAUGGAGAAUGCGGCGCUGCUGGUGCUUGCCAACAAGCAAGACUUGCCGAAUGCCAUGCCAGCAGCGGAGGUGAUGGAAAAGCUGGAGUUGCAGAAGCUGCGGCACAGGCAGUGGUUCAUCCAGUCCACCUGUGCGCCAACAGGCGAUGGUCUCUACGAGGGCCUGGACUGGCUGUCCCGCACUUUGUCCUCCCGCAAGUGA